AUGAGAAUGUCAGGUGCCAUGUCCAAAAGAACCUUCAAGAUUUUUCAAAAGACUUUAAUCAUUAUCACCAUUUUGUGUGAAAUAAUUUUCAUUGCCUUGACUCUAACCUUAACCAUCACAGACCUAUUGAUGAAAAUGAGUAUCGAUUUUGAUGUUACUUCCAUUUACAUUGUCGUCUUUGUGGUAUUCAUUGCAGUCAUGACCUUCCAAACCGUCAUGUUCAUGUUUUUGGGAAUUCGUUUACUCUACGUUGUGAAAAAUCAAUCUUUACAUUCCAAACAGAGCACCUCAAAAAGAACUCCCUGUAGAAAAAUCAUUGGUCUCAUUAUUGGAAUGGUUUUGAGUGCAUUUCUUCAAAUUUUAGCUGGAGCUGUCUCCUUUGCCACCACACUCUAUGUUCCUUAUUUGCACAUCAUUGAUUACUUUUUACAAUGUUUUGGUAUUUUCAUAUUUGCAGUAUUCGUUUUGCUGUUGUAUGGUCCAUUGAUGAGCCAAGAGAACAUGUCGAGUGGGACAGAAGAACCAAUUGGGUCGAAUCCUCCAACGAUGCAACAACACUUGUCGAGAGUGACGACACCUUUCACACCCAUGUCGCCAGAAGAUGUCGAGUUGGAAUUGAAUAGAAAAAUACAAAAUCUCAAAGUUUGA